CGUAACGUGAGAGUAUUAUGGGCUGUGCUCCGUGCCGCAGGGAAUUCCAUCAUUGGAGGUCGGCAGCACGCAGCAGCUUUAUCUGCCGAAACAUGGAGCUGUCGGCUGUAGGGGAACGAGUUUUCGCCGCCGAAUGCCUGGUGAGAAAAAGGAUCCGAAAGGGCAAAGCCGAGUACCUGGUGAAAUGGAAGGGGUGGUCGCCCAAGUACAACACCUGGGAGCCCGAGGAGAAUAUUCUGGACCCCAGACUUCUCGCAGCCUUCGAAAAUAGGUGGGUUUUGUGGGGGUUUUCUGGUCACUUCGGAGGGGCAACUAAAUCGGCUGGUGACGAGAUCUCGCUGCCAAGUCGGAGUCCCGCCGCACCACUAAAUCACACCAAGGCCUCGGAGCGACCGGCCCCGCUUCUCAAGGUGAAGUCCAAGACGCACAAAGCCAAGAAACGGUCCAAAGACAAGCCCAAGGAUCUCUCCGUCCGUCGGCGUGUGGGCCGACCAAAGGGGAAAAGCAAGAAACACAGCCAUGCCGUCCCCGCCCCCACCCCUCCCACUCUGUCCCCCAUCUCCCCACCCCACAAGCCUUCCUCACCGCCUAACAAACCACAAAAAGACUCGUCCAAACGUAAACAGCCAGUCUUCGAGAUAUGGAAUCCAUUUGAGGACACGGGAAGUCGAAAACAAACCCCGGUGGAGGACUCCUCGGCUAAGCCCCGUACGAUUUCGAGUGGUGUGCCCACCAAGACCAAGCCCCGGCCGCGGCCCGCCCAAGCCGCGGGCUGGCAGCCUCCGAACGGCCUGAUGAACCAGGUUCUCAUCACGGACGUCACGACUGGGAUGGUCACGGUCACCGUCAGGGAGUGUUUCACCGACAAAGGCUUCUUCAAGAACAGGGGGACGUGAGUUGGACGAGGGCGGCCUCUUACAACUUGCCCGAUCUGAGAACUAGUACUAGUAGUAGUACUGAAAAGACAAAAACCUUGACUCCCAGCCAACGCUAGGAUAUCGAGACAAGCUCGCACGUGUGGUGGCGCUUUGCAGAGAUGGACAAGAAGAGACAGUUGUUCUAACUUCUAGUCAGCGGAGAAGUCUUUCCCUAUAUCUUAAACUUAAAGUCUUACUAACUGUAACAAGACUACAGGGCGCUCGGCGCAGAAAGCAAGAAUUACUACUAUAGAAGUGGAUGUUAAACAGCCAUGCCAUAGCGUUACAUUUCCCUAGCCUGUUGCUGGAAAAAACAACAACUGAGAACUCUGUAAAAGAUCUAGAAUAACGUACUAGAUCUAGUAUUUUUCCACAGCCAUGC